AUGCGAGCUCGUACCCUUUCGACCACCGGGCUGGUCCUCACCCGAACAUCCUCGCCCUCCGCUUUCUGUUCCCAAUGUCUUCGCGAUGACCUGCUCUUGCCCCAUAUCUCCAUUCAAUCCCGCAAAUAUCACCCUACUCGCCGGCGAGAUGUUUCACCCUUUGGUGCUGCCGUGUCGGCCGCUCAGACUAUCUUCAAGGGCAUGCCAAAGGCGCCUCCGGGCAUCUCUGUCGACCCGUUGCGAAUUGUCGGCAAGGAGCUGAAGUUCUUGACUAAGAAUAUCCGCCAAUUGCUAGGAUCAGGCCAUCCGGCCCUGGAUAAGGUAGCCAAGUACUAUACGCGGAGCGAGGGCAAGCACAUGCGGCCGCUGCUGGUCCUGCUGAUGUCCCAGGCGACAGCCUUGGACCCUCGCAAGCAUGUCUACGAUUCUCCUAAUUCGAAGCCCGUUGACAGCGCCCUGAGCUCCGCAAGUAUCCUCGAAGACGCAAACCCAGAUACGCAUCCGCUUGUGUCCCGGUCUGCCGAGGCCAAGUACGACUUCGCCGGCGACGACAAUAUCCUUCCCUCCCAGCGCCGACUAGCCGAAAUCACAGAACUCAUCCACACCGCUUCGCUCCUUCACGACGAUGUCAUUGAUAAUGCAGUGACCCGUCGUGCCAACAGUUCGGCGAACCUGGCGUUCGGAAACAAGAUGGCGGUUCUGGCUGGUGAUUUCCUGCUGGGACGGGCCUCUGUGGCCCUGGCCCGGCUGCGUGACCCAGAGGUGACGGAGCUGAUGGCUACCGUUAUCGCCAACCUGGUGGAGGGCGAGUUCAUGCAGCUGAAGAACACAGCCCAGGACGAGGCUAAGCCUGUCUUCACUGAGGAUACAUUGAACUACUACUUGCAGAAGACUUACCUGAAGACUGCCAGUCUGAUCAGUAAGUCUUGCCGCUCUGCAGCUGUGCUGGGACGAAGCGCUCCCGAGGUCAUCGAGUCCGCCUACUCCUAUGGCCGUAAUCUGGGCCUGGCAUUCCAGCUGGUGGAUGACAUGUUGGAUUAUACUGUUACCGAGGCAGAGCUGGGUAAGCCGGCUGGGGCCGAUCUGGAGCUUGGUCUGGCCACCGCUCCGCUCUUGUUUGCCUGGAAGGCCAAUCCCGAGCUCGGUCCCCUGGUUGGCCGUAAGUUCCGUGAAGAGGGCGAUGUGCAACGGGCCCGUGAGCUUGUUUAUAAGAGCAACGGAGUUGAGCAGACCCGUCUCCUGGCCCAGGAGUACGCCGACAAGGCUGUGACGGCCAUCAGCGACUUCCCCGACAGCGAGGCCAAGUCCGGCCUGAUCGAAAUGGCCGAAAAGACCAUGAAGCGGAGGAAGUAA